GAAGUGAUCAUUUUCGAAUAUUCAAGGUCAGAGUUUUUUAAUGAAAAUAGCAGAUGUUGAACAGUGCGCUUUUAAUUCAUGGUAUCACACUUUUGAAUCUUACACUCAAGAAAGUAUAUUUAUAAAUCUCCCAGAUGACCUUAUAGCUUCAUUGACAAAUGACGAAUUCAUUCUCCCUAAAAGUGCAAAACCAACAAACGGAUAUCUGUCGGACCUAGACAAUGACGGCAUUUGGUCAGACUAUUCCGAUACUGAUGAAAAGAACUCAGAGAGACCAGAAUUUCCUCAGUUCGAAUCUCAGUUGAAAAGUAUCAUCCGGAAGUUAGGUGGUGUUGUAUUUCCGAAGUUAAAUUGGAGCGCCCCAUCUGAUGCUUCUUGGAUGUCUUUCGAUGGGUCACUGAAGUGCAAAACGUUUUCCGAUAUUUAUCUACUCCUUAAAUCUUCAGAUUUCGCAGCACAUGACUUGACUGCUCCUUUCGCUCUGUGUACAGAUACUCCAGCAGAGAAAAAUUGCUGUCUUUUCAAUUCCAAACCGAUUCUUGUUCUACGAAGGUGGUAUGACUUUCGUCCUGAGGAAGAAUUCCGAUGUUUCAUUAAAUCAAAAGUCCUUAUUGCAAUUUCCCAACGAAAAUGUGAUGCCUAUUUCAAAAUAAUUGAAGAACAGAUAGAAAACAUCAAAUACGACCUUGUGGAAUUCUUUAAUCGAAAAAUAAGAAAUCAUUUCAAAUCAGAAAACUAUACAGUUGACUUAUACAGAGAAUCAUCGGACGAUGGUAAAAUGCGUAUUCAAAUAAUUGAUUUCAAUGUAUUUGGUCCACCAACUGAAGCACUUUUAUUUCAGUGGUCAGAAUUGGAAAAUGAUGUACAUAAAAAUGAUACUAUUCCGUUAUUUCGCUACCAAAGUGACCAAAAUAUCCGUCCAAAUUCAGUGAAUCAAUACAGCGUGCCAAUCGAUUUGAUCGAUAUUGCUUCAGGAUCUGAUCCCGUUAAGGUGAUGGACUUCAUUCAAGCUAAAGUAGAAAGUCAGAAACAGUCGUGAAAUUGUAUUUUCUAUGUAUCUGUUAUUUUUCAAUAUUUCAAAUAAAAAAAUACAUUUUUCUUAGAUC